AUGCUGAAGAGUUGUGGUACAGAGCUUGACAGCGCCCUUCUGUUUAAAACCCGGGCCGCCCCGGCCAGGCCAGGCCUGAUUUCGCAGAAUCCGCUCGUCUGUUUCAGUGGAACUAUAUUAGUUUCAGUUUUUAAAGACGAUAUUCUCAACUUUUACAACGUUUCAGAACAUGAGAUUCGUUUUUUUUAUCGCUACUCUCACUCCACUUCUCAACCAGAUGCAUAUAACCCAGAAGUUCGUAUGUUUGAGAAAGUUUCCGUCAAAAUUCCGCCAUCAGUUGGACAAAUUCCCAAACAUGAUUCUCAUACACUACUCUUAGUUGGUAGAAAUCUUAUCGAAGAUAUCAUCGACGCCGUUCGAGUCACCAAAGACGAUGGAACAGAGGGAUGCCUGAAAGUUGUGUUACGGAGAUACCCAGCACUCGAAUUCCUGGUUGCCAAUCCAGCUGACACCGUGGUACAUCAUCACUAUGGAGGAGGUCAACGAAUCAUCUGA